AUGCUUUUUGACCCAGAAACUGCGGGCGAUUUAAAACCUUGGCUGGUCAGGAACCUCGAGCCCAUUUGCGAUGCGGAACCUGGUGCACUUGCAGAUUACAUCCUGGCCUUGCUGAAGCAUAAUGCUCCAGAGGCCGACCUUCGAAAGGAGUUGGGUGCUCAAUUAGACGAGUUCCUGGAAAAAGAAGGACCAUCUUUUCUGAACACGCUCUUCACGGCAUUGCGGACCAAAUCUUAUCUUCCAUACUCGGCUGCUUCUCCUCCUGCUGGCAACGCUUCUGGCACACUCUCCACCGAUACAGGAAUACCCAUUCCACUGGACGCGCUACUUUCCCCGUCUGUCCCUACAACACCGGAACGCGGUCGAAAACGCAGUCAUGAUCACGAUGAACGCGACUUUCUUCCCACCAAAGGCCCGCGUCUGAAUCAUGAAGGCCAAUUCUCGCGGUAUGGCCGACACGACAACAGAUCGUCAUGGGGUGGUCGCGGAGAACGUGGUAGCAGGAUGGCUAUCGCUGGGCGGGCAGAUUAUAUGGAUGGCGGCAUGAAUAGUAGCAUAGGUGUGGGCGCAGGGGGCGGUACCAUGGGCCCAUCCAACCCGCGCGGUAUCCCAGCAUAUCAGGAUCGGGGUAGGGGAGUUUGUCGAGAUUACUUCAACAAUGGAUACUGCGCGCGAGGUGCUUUCUGCAAAUAUAGUCAUGGUGAAGAUGCCAUUGUCCCGUCCCAGCUUUUCCCCAUGAAUGGGGGUAUGAGUGUUGGCUCGAUGCCAUUUGUUCCUAUGAUGCCUAAUGGUGGCAUGGCAAUGGGGAUGGCCGGUGGGUCCAAUGCUGCCUAUGACCCUCAUGAACGGAUGGACAUGCGGCCAAAUCAGGGACCAAAUCCCAACACGAUCCAUCGACCUCCUAACUCCCGUGGACCCGCCAUAUCUCGACAGGACGAUUCAAACAAUGGAGCAGCACAACAUCCAGGCGAGUUACCUGUUGUGCGAGACCUCACGCCUCAAGUUCCCCGAGAAGAGAGCGUCUCUCGACAUAUGGGACAGGACGGGUACGGAGAACCCAGAAUACCGGAUGUUCCUGGUCCAUCAAGGGGAAGUGAUAUCGUAAUGGGCGGUAUGAAUGGAGCUACCCAGGACAUGGAUAUGAACGGUCCUCCUGCGUAUUCAAGUAAUCGGGGGCCUUACCGUGGGGGGCGUCCGGGGGGUGGCCGUGGCACCUUUGGUGGCGAGGUUCAGAGUUUCAGGCCGGAGAAACGAAACGACAAAACACUCGUUGUGGAAAAAAUUCCAGAAGACAAAUUGAGCCUGGGCUCCGUUAACGAGUGGUUCAAACGCUUUGGGACGGUCACCAAUGUCGCAGUUGACGCCAUGAAUGCCAAGGCGCUAGUGAGCUUUUCUAAUCAUGACGAAGCCCUAGCUGCUUGGAGGUCGGAGGACGCCGUUUUCGGAAACCGCUUCGUGAAGGUGUUCUGGCAUCGACCACUAGAAGGCCACGGUCAAGUUGGUCAGCGCAUGCUCGCAGCAUCCGCACCUCUGGUAGCCAAUAUUUCUAUCAAGGACUCCGCGUCCCCUGCAACGACUACAUCAGCGGAUUCUUCCGUUUCUCAGCCUGUGGGAGCAGCUUCAACACAUGUGCGUAAGACUUCCACGACACUGGCUGCCGCCGCAUUAGCCGCGAAGCAAAAACUGCUUGAGCAACAAAUUGCGGAGCAGAAGUCCUUGAUGGCCCAGCUUUCUAGCGCAUCUCCUCCAGAGAAGAAGGGGAUCAUGGCUCGUUUGCGAAAAUUGGGCGAAGAGAUGAAGCCCUCUGCAUCUGCAUCUACAUCCCAACCAACUCCAUCCCCAGCAACAACCUCAGCUUCAGCCCAGGCUAAGAGGCCUGCAGGUGCUACACCACGACCAGAGGAUAAGGAAAGGAUAGAACGUGAGCGUCUUGACAAGGAGCUCGAGUUGCACCACGCAGUGGGUGCAGUAGACGGAGAAGAGGAGGGCACCGAAGAGCUGAAAGCAACAUUGGCCAAACUGAAAGCAGAGGCAGCAAGUCUCGGUAUUACCGAAAUUGCUGAGGGCCAGUACGUGGGUCCAUCUGUUUAUCGUCCACCUAGGGGACGAGGGCGAGGGCGAGGUGGGCGAGUACCCUUCCGUGGGGCCAUGCGCGGUGGGCCACCUAGGGGAAGCAUGAAGCUCGAUCUCCGUCCAAAGAAGUUGCUUGUGAAGAGCGUCGGCGACAAUGCCGUCCAGGCAGUCCGGGAUUGGUAUGAGACAACUGGUCAAGUUGAAAGCGUAGAUGCUACAGAUACUGGAGAUGUCAUUGUUGCCUUCAAAAGUAGAGCUGCUGCAGAGCAAGGGCUUGCAAAGGGAACAAAUAUCCCGAUUGUUGGCCAGGUACAGAUCUCGUGGUUUAACGUGCAACAGCCAAGUGCUGUUGCACACAAAACGCCUACCUCUGUGACAGUUCCAGAAAAGUCCAGUGUAGUGGAUAAGCCUAUGAUGGGGUACCGACCCCCCUCACCUGACGAAUCUGACGAUAGGCAUAUGCAUGAAGAGACUGCCAACGGCUGGGGUGGUGAUGACGCCGAGGAUGGAUUUGGCAUGCUAUGA